GUGGAAGCAGCUGGCGGCCUCUCGAGAGGAACUCCAAUUGCGUCUUGACGUACCGGCAUGCUUUGCUUCACGCUUUCCUUUUAAAACUUGCGUUCCGGCGAGCCGCCAUGGGCACCGUUGGCGCCAUUCUUUUGGUUUUUGUCGGAUGUUGUAGCAACGUGGUUUCUCUCGAGCUGCUUGUGAGGGAGUUUCCAGGAUGCGGCAACAUCGUCACGUUCGCGCAGUUUGUGUUCAUCGCGUUGGAGGGAUUCAUCUUCGAGGCGCGUUUGGGCACCAAGAAGCCCGCCAUCCCCAUCGGCAACUAUGUGAUCAUGGUGACCAUGUUCUUCACGGUCAGCGUGAUCAACAACUACGCUCUCAACUUCAACAUUGCCAUGCCGCUCCACAUGAUCUUCAGAUCGGGCUCUCUCAUCGCCAACAUGGUCCUGGGCAUCGUCCUCCUGAAGAAAAGGUAUUCGGCCAGCAAAUAUUUGUCCAUCGCCUUGGUCUCCGCCGGCAUCUUCAUCUGCACCGUCAUGUCCGCCAAGCAAGUGAAUGUGGCCGGCGAGGGCCGGGAGGAGCGAGGCCUCUACGCCUUCGCGCGUUGGCUCGUCGGAAUCGGCAUGUUGACCUUUGCUCUGAUCGCGUCGGCGCGCAUGGGAAUUUUCCAGGAGACGCUCUACAAGAAGUACGGCAAGCACUCCAAAGAGGCGCUUUUUUAUAACCACUUCCUGCCUCUGCCGGGCUUCCUGCUCCUCUCCACGGACAUCUACAACCACUGCGUCCUCUUCAGUCAGAGCACGCCGGUGCUGGUUCCGCUGGUCCGACUGAACGUUCCGGUCAUGUGGCUCUACCUCCUGGUCAACGUGGUCACGCAGUACGUGUGCAUCCGCGGCGUGUUCAUCCUGACCACCGAGUGCGCCUCGCUCACCGUCACCCUGGUGGUGACGCUGAGAAAGUUCCUCAGCCUCAUCUUCUCCAUCGCGUACUUCCAAAACCCCUUCACGGCGUGGCACUGGGCGGGCACGGCCGUGGUCUUCGCCGGCACGCUGCUCUACACCGAGGUGUGGAGCGACAUCGCUGCGGCCAGGAAGAAGGACGAGUGACGGCGUGGACGGGGAACGCUUUUACAUUUUUUGCUGGCGGCGAGUACAAGUCGUUUGUUGCUGUACCUGGGCAGAGUUUGUUUUUUGUUCUUCAGGUUUCUCUACUUGGCUUGAGUAUUUAUUUUUAGGACCGCAUUUUACUCUUGCUCCCUCCGUUUUGAAAAGAGAUGCGUGUACGUUCAGUUCCGCAGUCAAAGUAGCGUUGUUGCUUUUUACGGUUUUGUUUUGCUAGCGUAGAAAUCAAGCAAACAUGAGCUACAUGCAACCUCAUUUGGUUUCCUCAUCUCAAGUCGUAAAAGAGGGGAACUUAUAAAAAAUGGUGUUGUGUGUAAUUGGUCAUACAAUUGCAAUGUUGCUUUUGUAUCUUUAGAGUACUUUUUUUAACGGUAUGUCUGUCUGCCUUGGAUCUUUCUCGGACAGCUGUUUUGAACCAUGAUUUUUGUUGUUGUUGUUGUUGUUAGCGGUUCUCACCAAAGUAAACG